UAAGUAGGCUAGUUCAGUGUUAAGCUUGCUAUAUCGUCAUAAACACAAUAUGCGGAGAUUUUAACAAUUGAAACUGUAUCCAAAUGACCGAAAUAACUCUGGAGUAAUACUGUCGUUAUCUUGUGGUGUUAUAUUCUGGAAAUACGUAGCGGAAGUGCUCCGGUGUUUAUAUAUUUUCAAUUUGCAAUGCAGCUGCUCGUCACAUGGCAGUUUUCCUCUAAGUUUCUCGCCAUAACUAAUGAAAAUGAGUAGUGGUUCAAAUCAGAGGACUUUGUUUCAGACCUGGGGUGCGUCUGUGUCUCAAAACAAAGUUGUCCCGCCGAAGAAUGAUGCCAAGAAAGCCGCUGGACGGCCCAAGACAACCCCAAGCAACACUGUGAAUGUAGCUGCAUCACGUCCUCCUCGGAAUCCUCUAUGGGAAGAAAUUGCUCAAGGGUCCACAUACACGUCAGAGAGGCCAGUGAGGAUAGAGGACCCUAAACCUGCGUUUGAAGAUGAAGACGACGAUGAUGAUGUGAUGGUGGUCGCUGUCUAUGAAGCUGAAAAGAGCCUGCAACUUGAUAAUCCAAACUUUUUUCGAGAUGACAACCCUGUAGGAACAGAGAGCACUGCCCUCUCUCCCAUCCCAUCAGGUGGGCAGACAUAUCCAGAUUUUCCUGGCUUUGACAGCUCCUCAGCAAAGGUAUGGAUCUACCCCACCAACUAUCCCAUCAGGGAGUACCAGCUGAAGAUAUCAGAGGUUGCCCUGUUUCAGAACACACUGGUGUGUCUUCCCACUGGCCUUGGAAAGACCUUUAUAGCCUCUGUGAUUAUGUACAACUUCUACCGCUGGUAUCCAUCGGGGAAGAUUGUUUUCAUGGCUCCCACUAAACCCCUGGUGGCACAGCAGAUUGAAGCCUGUUAUAAAGUGAUGGGGAUCCCUCAGGCACAUAUGGCUGAGCUGACAGGCAGCACAGCAGCAAAGCAGAGGCAGGAGGUGUGGAGGUCCAAACGCGUCUUCUUCCUCACCCCGCAGGUCAUGGUGAACGACCUGUCCAGAGACACCUGCCCAGCUCAGCAGGUCAAGUGUGUGGUGAUUGAUGAAGCCCACAAAGCGCUGGGCAACCAUGCCUACUGUCAGGUGAUCAGACAGCUCGGCAGUCAGACUCUACAAUUCCGCAUCCUGGCUCUUAGUGCUACUCCAGGGGGAGAUACAAAGUCGGUGCAGUCGGUGAUCUCUAAUUUGCUCAUCUCCCACAUUGAGCUGCGUUCAGAAGAAAGCCUGGACAUCCGGGCCCAUUCCCACCAGCGCAGUGUCGAGAAAGUGGUGGUUCCCCUGGGAGAGGCCCUGGCUGUUCAACAGGCUCGCUACCUGCAGGUGCUUGACAAGUUCAUGUCUCGUCUGGUCCAGAACCGGGUGAUGGCACAGAAAGACCUGCGGACUCUCACCAAAUACCAGCUCAUCCUCGCCCGGGAUCAGUUUCGCAAGAACCCCCCGCCAUACCUCAAGGGUCCACAGCAGGGAAUGCUGGAGGGCGACUUUGCCCUUUGCAUCAGCCUGUACCACGGCUACGAGCUGCUGAUGCAGAUGGGGCUCAGAUCGCUCUUCUUUUACAUCCAGGGAAUCAUGGACGGAUCUAAAGAGAUGACCAGAGCCAGGAACGAGCUGCAGAGGACUCCCACCUUCAUAGACCUUUACCAAGAGAUGGAGGCAAUGUUUGUGAAACCAUCUGCUGGUCCAGAUGAGCCGUUCAUUUACAGUCACCCCAAACUGGAGAAACUGGAGGAGGUGGUUCUGCAGCACUUCAGACUGUGGGCUGAGAGCUCAGCAGACAAUAACGGUUCGCAUCCUCAGGAAGUAAGCACGCGUGUGAUGAUCUUUUCAUCAUUCCGCGAGAGCGUGCAAGAGAUCGCAGCCAUGUUGAACCGCCACGCUCCGCUGAUCAGAGUCAUGACCUUUAUGGGGCAAGCAUCAGCAGGGAAGGGAGUCAAAGGUUUUACCCAAAAAGAACAGCUGGAGGUGGUGCACAAGUUCCGACAGGGAGGCUUCAACACGUUGGUGUCGACCUGUGUCGGGGAGGAGGGGCUGGAUAUCGGAGAAGUGGACCUCAUCGUUUGCUUCGAUGCACAGAAGAAUCCCAUCCGUCUAGUGCAGCGAAUGGGACGUACUGGGCGUAAACGGCAGGGACGCAUCGUCAUCAUCCUGGCUGAGGGACGUGAGGAGAGGACUUACAACCAGAGCCAGAGCAACAAGCGCAGUGUGUACAAGUCAAUCAUCGGCAACAAAAAUGGGUUCCACAUGUACCCCAACAGUCCCCGCAUGCUGCCCGAGGGGGUGAACCCCACCCUGCAUAAGAUGCACAUUACCUGUGGCCAGUUUGACCACCAGGAGAGCAGCAGGCGGUCUGUCAGGGGUAGACGGUCACACUCUGAGGGACGAGCCUCCCUCAUCCACCCUCAAAAUCAGAUUCGGCAGGGCGGUGCAACGUGCAAUGGUUUUCUGAGCAGCACAGAGUAUUCCCUGUGGGCGUCCAGCAUGAGGCUGGAGGAAGAUGAAGCUCAUCCAACCUUGAAGCAGUCACACUUCGUGUCCCUGCCCAGUGAUCUGCCACCUCAGGAGGAAGUUUCCAAAAGCGGACCGCAAUCCAGAGAGCUGUCACUGUGGGAAUGGAGACACUGGCAGCACAAAGCACUUCCAACCCAUGUUGUUGAUCAUUCCCUCCGCUGCCAACACUUCAUUAAGGUGAUGGGACUGAUAGACGGCAUGAGAGAGGAAAAUGAGGGGGAAUGUCGUUACGAACAGGAGCUUCUUCCUUACCUCGAUGCCGACGGCCACGUGAAGAGCGGACAGAUAGAUAAGAAGAAGAAGAAGACACAGAAAGGCACAAAAACUUGUGCCAAAACUUCCAGCAACAAACCCAAACCAUCUCACUUGUCUUUCUCUGAUCUGGAAUACAUUGAUGAGGAAGAUACACAAGGAAUGGGUUUAAUUUCUACAUCAGUCUUGAUAAAACAGAAGUCUCCUGUUGAACAUGAGAGCAAUAAACCUCACGAUGACAUCAGAGAUCACGCAAUUUGUCCACUUCAGUCAAACAAUGACUGUCAAGGCACCGAGGUGGAUGAUGAAUGUGUCAUCGUUAAUGAGGACGUCACAAAAGCAGAGCAUACAGUGACAGAGGCGGUAAAUUUAGACAAUAUUUCACAGCUGAUCACAAAAAUCGAUGACUGUGAGCCUGAUCUAGAAGAAGAUGUUGAACUUCAGGCCAUGUUCUAUCUUCCGAAAUGGGAUUUAGCACCUCUCUCCUCUGCCAAACUCCUCCCAGGAAGAGAUGAGAGUCUGAAGACCAUCCUUACCAAUGUGGCAGAGCUCCUGUCCCGAUCUCCACCGCUGCUCGCUGUAGAUUUAGACGCUGCCAUGGCCUCCCCAUCACCUCCUCCCUCUCCUCAGCGGGUGCAGGGGCCUCAUCAGCCGUUCCAGGUCAGGUUCACCCUGGAUGUGGACGACGACGACGACGAUGAAGCGAUGAUGAGUGACGCUGACAAUGCUGAUGAGCCUUCAGUGGAGAAAGAGGACAAUAAGAUCUAUAACAAUUGGCAGCCUGUCAGGAGGGGCAGCACAGCAGCCGACAGUCCGACCUGGGAUGAGGUUUUUGAUGACGAAGAAGGAAAUGAGAAUCAUGACGGCAUGGAGGUCGAUGACGAAAUGUGCAAUGACGUCAAGGGGGAACGGGCUGGUGAAGAAGCAGAAAAGAGUGAAGAAAUAACAAGUAAGAACGGUGGCAAAAGUGAGGAAACAGAGCAUUAUUGGGAGGAUGUGAGGGAUGAUGUGAGGGAUGAGAGCAUGGAUCUGUUUGAGGAUGAUGAAGCCUUCCUGCAGAUGACCAUCCCAGAAAUCCCCACUCCUGAAGACGCCGUCACGCCCAGGACAUCUCCCAGCGCUGAGGAUAUUGCUAAAAGCACAAAAAAGAUGUCAAACACUUCAGACACACGAACCCUGACAAACCCAUGUAGCACUACAGACUCAGCUGACAUGCAUGUAACUCGGGACACAAUCACCCAUAACACUACCGAAACAGAACAUAACACACACACAGCAGCAGUAAGUAAAAAUGCAACAGACAAGGCAAUUACAAGUCUCUGUAAAUCUCCUACAAUGCAACAAAAUCAGUCAUUUGACAAUUCGCAUGACUACUUUUCUGUCAACUUUGACCUCGGAUAUUCACUGGAGGACUCUGAGGAGGAGGAGGAGGAAGAAGUAGAGGUUGUUCCUGCCCCAUGUAUGCCAACCUCCCCGCAGCCUAAAAAGCAGGCUGAUUCCACAGUGUCUUUGCCGGGCGUCUCUAACUCCUCCACUCCUUAUAACAGCGUCCAUAAACCUGUACGUUCCAGUGAGCCCAAGUUAUCUACACCCCAAAGGCUGUCGGAGCACAGGAAGAGAGAAAUGUCCUCUCUUCUGAUCUCACCUUUGGUGUCUAAAGGUGGGGCGCUACCAUCUCCAAUCACAUCACCAGCAGCCAGACGGAUGCUCAUAUCAGGUCCAGCCGGGCCUCGCACCCCGUCUUCGCUCUCCAUCUUGAAACGGAGACGACCGGAAGGCUGCACCACCGAAGCAGAGACGGGGCCAGGCGUGGAAAACGGCUCACGCCAGGAAUUUGUGUGUGUGCCUGACUUUUCUCUUCAUCCAGCGGAGUGCAACACUGACAGUGAGGAUGAGGUCGUGGUUCGUAAAAGAAGACAUCAGAACAAGGUCAACCCCUUGUUUUCGCCAGAAGUGUCAAAGAUCUCCAGUGACGUGGAUUCCCCGGUGGUAGCAAAAAGGAAACGUGCAGCUGCACUUGAUAUUUCCGAUGAGAUGGAGGGCGAAGCUGUUUCCGAUGAUGAUUUCCAGAAUGAGUCUGUGUUCAUACGCAGAACCACAGCACACGCACCUGAGAGGCAGCGAGUCCAACAGGGCAAAACCAAGCACAACAUAUGUCGAAAAGGUCGUCAGUUCCUGGAUGAGGAAGCAGAGCUGUCAGAGGACGAGCGGGAAGAGGUGUCAACUGAUGAAGAAGAUGGAGAAGAAAUGAACCAUUCUCUAGAAGGCUUUGUGGUCGACAACACACACUCCUCCCAGGGACUUGAUGACUCAGAGAUGCACAGGGUUUACCUGAAGUCAGUAAGAAGCCCUGCACUCCAUGGCAAGUUCAAAAUGUCCUACAGAAACCAUCACAACAUGGACAUAUUUUCCCAGGUGCCUGAGAUGGAUGAAACAUAUGCAGAGGACAGCUUUGUGGUGGGCAAUGAGGUGGACGAGCUGGAGAGCAGUGAAGAAGAGGCGGAAGAAGAAGUCGUUGAACUUAUGCCAGAGGAUUCAUAUGUGGACGGGAAGAGACAGUACGCCACCAGACGUCGUGUCUUCUUGCACAAAGCCAGAGCAAAGACUGGAGCCGGAGCAGGUGCUAAGACCAGGGCUGAAUCUCCACCAGAGCAGAGGGCCGGGGUGAAAACCAAGCGCACCCGAGUCAUACGCCUAGAGGAUUCCAGUGAGGAGGAGACAGAGGAAGUUGGUAAAGAGAGAAGUCUUGUAACAGGAAAGGAUAUUACUGUUGCCCUGCAGCCAAAGCUGGUACAGCAUGACUCAGAUCUCAGCAAGCAGAAAGCCUCCUCCUCCUCUUCAACCAUAGCAUCUAAGGUCUCACUGCUGAGCAGGGGACAGAGGGGCUCAGUGAGUGAAGAUCUGCAAAAUGAGAGGUGUCGCCAGAGGUUAGAAAAUCAACAUCUGCUCUCUGACCAGUUAGACUUUGUGGAGUCAGACUCGCUGUUAUCCUCCAAGAAACAGCUUCAGGAAACCCCAGCCACCUCAACAGCGCAUCAGCCUCCGAGGUCCAUCAGACAGGAUUUGUCAGUCAGCGAGGCUCCUUCUCCGCCUGGGUCCGUCCGUAUUCUGGUGGACAGUCGCUGCAUCAGCAGUGGAGUGGAGCUGAUGACCAGCCUGCGUCAGCACCACGCAGCCACCGUCCACGUCUGCUCACUGGACGGCAGCUACUUCAUCGUCAGCAACCGCAUGGCAGUGGAGCGGCACAGCCAAUCAGAUCUGGCCGCAACACAGAACCGGAAGCGAUUGGCCGAGAGAGUGAACAGCUUGCAGGGAUUGUUUGAGCGCAUUUGUUUGAUUGUGGAAAAGGACCGAACCAAGCCAGGUGAGGCCUCACGUCCGUUCCAGCGAACACGUUACUACGACAGCACAUUGGCAUCGCUGGUGCAAACCGGCGUGCGGUUGCUGUGGAGCAAUGGUGCCGAGGAGAGUGCCGGCUUGCUGGCAGACCUGGCACGGCUGGAGCAGCGUAAAGGUCAGGGCAUCGCUGUGCCCCUGGAGGUGAAAGGGCAGCACAGGCAGCAGGCCCUGCAGAUGUACUUGAGCCUGCCCUCAGUCAACUAUGCUCACGCUCUCAACAUGAGCCACAACUUCAGGUCCAUCACCCAACUCAUAAACAGCCCCAUUGAAGCCAUACAGAAAGGAGGCUGCAUGAGUCAACCCAGAGCGGAGGAGAUCUACCGCUUCCUGCGCUACUCCUGCGACUCCUUCCUCAUGAACACAUCAAAAGCAUGGAAAACCUGCUAGUAGCGUGGGAGAGAGCCACGACCUGAAAGCCAUUUCCUCCAUUCAUCCUCCAUAUUCCUUUCUGUCUCCACCGAUUUCUCUUUUCUUAGUGAUGUAUCUUCUGUUUCUUUUCUCUGCCCUUCUUGUUUCCUUACUUCUUUUUCAGUCUCACCAGGGACCAGGAGACACCUUUAUCUUCUGCUUUAUUUGAAUGAAAAAGGAGCCUCAGGAUAUCGGCUCAAACUUCUUGCACAACAAGUUGAAGGGGAAUGCCACUCAACUCAAUUUUUGUUAUAAUAUACUACUAUUUUGAUGUAAGACGUGAGUGAGUGAGUGGUGUUUCCAAACAUCUUGUCUCGUUUCAUGGUAUUAGACUCAUGUGCUGGCAUUAUUAGUGUCAAGACAGUGUGGAGGCAAUACUGUGGUCCUAAGAACUCAAUCAAUAUUUGAUUGAUACUUGAAUAACUUGUUUUUGUUAAAUUAUGUAUACAUUUGUUUACAGCCCUCUCACUGUAACUUAUUACUCUGAAAUGACUAAAUAUGUCAUCAAGUUUCUUUAAUAAACAGUCUAUUUUUU